GCGUAUUCAAUCGUGAUUCUGCUUUCGGGUCUAGCACCGGGUCUUCAGCCACUUAUCGCAUCUUGGGUAUUUAUACGCACACGCUGUAGACACCGAACGCACCCUUGUUCGGCGUGAAUUCUAAUGGCAGAUUUUGCCUGUUGUGUAUACUAUAACUAAAGCUUUCUCAUCUUUACUGAGAGAUCCUGCGUGUCAGGGCGCGCUACGUGAGUGCGCACCAUGUUGUUCCUGCUCAUCACUUUCUUCAUCCUGUGCCUCCCCUUGGCUCUUCCGUUGCUGUGGCUGCGAGUAAGAACAGUCGAACGCACUAGUCGCCGAAGGUUCGGAGAUGCAACGCAAACAUGGGGGUUCUUUCACCCCUACGCCAAUGCCUGCGGAGGUGGAGAGAAGGUGCUUUGGUCUACAGUUCGAGCGAUCCAAGAAAAGUACCCAAGCCAUCACUGCAUUGUGUAUACAGGUGACCAUGGUGUUUCCGGAGACCAGAUAAUAGAAAAAGCCCAAAAGCGUUUCAAUGUCAAGCUUGAAAAGUCCACGCUUCACUUUGUGUUUCUCCGCAGCCGUUCACUAGUUGAAGCACGCCUGUAUCCAGUAUUCACUAUAUUGGGUCAGAGCCUCGGAUCAAUGAUACUGGGCCUAGAAGCCAUCCUCAGCUUUGUUCCUACCAUAUUCAUCGACAGCACGGGCUACGCGUUUACAAUGCCCAUAUUCAAAUUCCUUGGCGGUUGCAAGGUAAUGUGCUACACACAUUAUCCAACCAUCAGCACCGACAUGUUGAGCUCUGUUGAAAGGAGAGUGCAGGCUCACAACAACAGGGGACUCAUCUCGAGGAGCGCAGUUCUUACACCCAUCAAGCUGCUCUACUACCGCAUAUUUGCCAGGCUAUAUGCGUACUGUGGUUGGUGUGCGGACCUUGUGAUGGUGAAUUCCAGCUGGACAAAGGGACACAUCCUCGAGCUCUGGCAGCUGCCAGUGCGAACUGUCUUGGUGUAUCCCCCGUGCAGCGUUGAAGAGUUCAAAGCGUUGCCCAUUAGUGAAAAAGACAGUGCGUCGAGUGCUGAAUUCAGGGUGCUUUCCUUGUCACAGUUCCGUCCGGAAAAGGACCACGAGUUGCAGCUAAAAGUGCUGGUUGAGCUCAAGGAGCAGUUGCCCGAAUCCGAGUUUUCCAAGAUUAGGUUGGUGAUGAUCGGUGGCUGCAGGAACCAGGAAGAUGAGCAACGGGUCGUUAGUCUCAAGCGCCUUGCUGCAGAGAUGGGAGUUGAGGACUAUGUGGAGUUCAAGCUGAACGUUCCCUUUACAGACUUAAUCUCUGAAAUGAAGAGAGCAUCUGCAGCCAUACACAGCAUGUGGAAUGAGCACUUUGGAAUGUGCGUAGUUGAGUGCAUGGCUGCAGGCCUUCUCAUGGUGGCUCACAAUUCCGGAGGGCCCAAAAUGGACAUAGUGACCGAUUACAACAGCAAGCGCACUGGAUUUCUAGCGGACAGCGUUUCCAGCUACACGGCCGCCUUCAAAACCAUUCUGGAAAUGGCGCCUGAUGAGAGAAGACAGACCAGAGAAAAUGCUAGGCUUUCAUCGGAGAGAUUUUCAGACGAAGUUUUCAGAGAAGCUUUUGUGUCGGCUGUUGAGCCUCUGGCUUCAAAAUUAAAUUAAUGACUGCUGCACAUCAUCACUUAUUAUGUUUGAUAUAAGCAAUCGACAGCCAAUAAACACCUUAAUCUGCGAAAAAGAAAGUGUGUGCAACUAGCAAGUGCGCACCAUGUUGGUGCAAUCAUACAUUGCAGCCCACCUACAGGAGCCAUUGGAUGGCACGAAGAAAAGUGCACUUUUCCCUUUCCUUCGUUUUCCUGUUACUCUCCCCAAACUGCGAUGUGUGCUCCCUUUCAACCGCACUUGGAGAGGGAAAAGGUAUUUGUCUCUCUGUGAGUACAAACCCGUCUUGAUACGUAGUAAAAAGGAUAAGAAAGUGCUCCUAAAAGAGGCUUGCUUUCUGGUGUGGCUGGAGGAUUUGGACAGAUAUCUGCUGACCCACAAGUGAACAACUUCUUCACCUGAUGUACUGGGCAAAUUAGGUUAGAGGUAAGCCUG